AUGCGGCUUGGUGGGUUUUCGUUUUAUGCGGAGAAGGUGUUUCCUGAGAAGAAUAAGGUGCGCUGGAGGUGUACGCGGCGAACAUGUCGCGCGUAUGCACACACAUUGCAUGAUCGCAUUUUCGCGAUCAGCAACGUCCACUCUCAUGAACCACCCGCAGCUGUACCAACGACGACUCGCAAUUUCACACACGCCUCCAUCGCCACUCAAGCCAAGGCUCUUCUCGACGAUAUCUGCUUGAUACGCGAUUGA